CCCAUCAUUCACCUACUUUCUCAUUAAGAAUCUUCCCUUUUCUUUUUCCUUCACGUUUUUAUAUAGAAUUCUCAGAUCUCUAAAAUUUCCGGUACACUUCCUCCUCGAAUCCUCCGCCACCGAACGCCGGUCUAUAAAAACUCUCCGAUCCUUCCUUCAAUGUGCUUCUCAGCGAUCUCCGAUGGCAUUCGACGGUGCUGCCACUCUAACCUGCAAUCUCCGUCAUAGAAACAGCAACGGAAACGGAAACGUCAACGGCAACGGCAACGACUGCGGCGGAGGAAAGAUGGCGAAUAAGGAUUUUCACGGUGGCGACGGCGGCGGAUAUUGUUACAAAGCCAUCGGGAAAGCGUCGUGUAUGAGAUGGACGAUGGAGGACGUGGUAUACGUGGCGAAACACCAUUGGAUACCGUGUGUGUUCGCUUUGGGUAUGCUUUUCUUUAUGCACGUGGAGUACACGCUCCGGAUGGUUCCGCCGGCUUCUCCACCGUUCGAUUUGGGGUUUGUGAUCACGCGCCCACUUCAUCGCGUGCUGUCCUCGUGGUCAGAGCUUAAUACGCUGCUAGCGGCUCUCAAUACGGUGUUCGUGGGAAUGCAAACAAGCUAUAUAUUAUGGACUUGGCUAAUCGAAGGGAGACUAAGGCCUAUUCUUGCCGCUGUGUUCACUUUCACUUGCCGUGGCAUUCUAGGCUACUCCACCCAACUUCCACUCCCUCAGGGUUUUCUGGGAUCGGGGAUGGAUUUUCCAGUUGGAAACGUAUCGUUCUUCUUGUUCUACUCGGGUCACAUGGCAGGAUCAGUGAUAGCGUCGUUGGACAUGCGGCGGAUGCGACGGUGGGGGUUGGCUUGGACAUUCGACAUCCUCAACCUUCUCCAAGCCAUUAGAUUGUUGGGUACUAGAGGUCACUAUACUAUCGACUUAGCUGUUGGCAUCGGCGCCGGAUUUCUUUUCGAUUCCCUUGCCGGACAUUAUGAAGCCAGCCUGAGGAAGAACCUUGACAAUCAGUUAGCUAAAACUAUUGCUUAAUUGCUUCACCCCAAAAAGAAAGAUGAUUAAGAUGGAGCCUAGAGCCCCCAUUGAAAAAUUUUCAAUUAGUGAACUUUGGGUCGUGUUCUUUUAUCUUACAUGUGUUCUAGUUAGCAUUAUAUGCAUUUCACGUGUUACUAAUAUUUGAAUUAACAUAAUAUUAGAUAGUAAAAUUAUAAAAUUAAAUAAUAACUGGAAGUACACAUUAUUUA